AUGCGCGUGCGGAAGGAGAGCAAGCUGAAUAUGAUGGUGCUGCUGCUGGAGAAGAUCCGCCACCUGGUCGCCACCAACACCCACUCCACCAAAAGGGACAUCUACUACCAGGAGGUGGCGCUGUUCGGCAGCCAGCGGGCUGUCGACGCUCUGUUGGAUGACGUCACACGCCUGCUGGCCAUCCCGCGCCAAAGCUCGCACGUACGCGCCACGUCUAAGGGCCUGGUGGCGGGGGACCUGGUGCUGCGGAGCGGAGACGUGGUGCUGGACUGUUCCGCCGCCCGGCACGGCCUGCUGGUGCCAGAGGACCUGCCACACGUGCAGCUUGUGCGCUCCUCGGCCCGCUUCAUCCUGGUGGUCGAGAAGGACGCCACGUUCCAGAAGAUCCUGGACAGCCGGCUUCUGCGUCACCUGCCGCCCGGCAUCGUUAUCACGGGCAAGGGCUUCCCGGACCUGAAACCCGCUGUCGACCCGCAGCGUCUCUCCUACAUCAGCGUGUGA